AUGGGAGCUCUGAAUAUAAGAUGGGCUGUACAUAAAACCCAUCCCAGCAUCACACCUCUGCUGAGAGUCCACAUUCACUCAUUCAGACAUGGUAAGUUACUCAAAGCAAGCAAGAAGGCAUCCAAUAAGAGACAGAGAGGAGCACAGAAAUCCUGCUCCAAUGUCUUCUCCAUGUUCGAACAGUCACAGAUUCAGGAAUUCAAAGAGGCAUUUGGCUGCAUUGACCAGGACAGAGAUGGUGUUAUCAAAAAACAGGACCUCAGGGAGACUUAUGCUCAGCUGGGGAAACUGAAUAUGAAAGACGAAGAGUUGGAUGAGAUGCUGAACGAAGGGAAGGGUCCCAUCAACUUUACAGUCUUCCUGACCCUUUUUGGGGAGAAGCUCAAUGGUACGGAUCCUGAGGACACCAUUCUUGCUGCUUUCAAACUCUUUGAUCCCAAUGGGACAGGCUUUGUUAAUAAGGAUGAGUUUAAAAGAUUACUCAUGAACCAGGCUGACAAAUUCUCGGCAGAUGAGGUGGAUCAGGCCUUCAGUCUCGCUCCCAUUGACCCGACUGGGAACAUUGACUACAAAUCGCUUUGCUACAUCAUCACACAUGGAGAUGAGAAGGAAGAAUCCUAACAACAACCGUUAUCUGCGUAGUCAAGUCGAAUAAAUCAGCCGGACAAGCAGAUGAACUUUUCACAUCAUCUGCUUGGAAUUCGUUAAGAGUAUUGUUGGAGAAAUAGAGCAAGAUAUGAUUCAGUCUUAAAGGCUGCAUUUCUGCUGGACACGGGAGCUGGUGCAUUUCUUUAUAAGUCACUCACAAUAAAGUCUGGGACUCUUUGAAACCUUGUCGGUGAUCAUUUUGUGAAGUAAAACUCACAAAAUAA